AUGUGUAUUCUUGCAUUUGCAGUUGUUCAAUGCUUCUAUUGGUUUUUGAUGACAGAGAAUCAGCAGAGAUUCUUCGAAUACGCUGCUAUCCAUCUGAACGUCCUUCUUGUCCAUAUCCCACUCACCUUCAUGCUCGGAUUCUUCGUGACAAUUGUGGUGGAUAGAUGGAGAUCAGUCUUUACAAAUAUUGGAUUUAUUGAGAACGUUGCUCUAUCCGUCGGCACCUUAGUCGCUGGCACUGACCACGCUGCAAAAGUGCUCCGCUGCACUAUCAUCCGCUACCUAGUCCUCUCUCAAGUUUUGGUUCUUCGGGAUAUCUCUAUGAGGGUCCGAAGAAGAUUCCCUUUUAUGGAAUCGUUAGUCACUGAAGGAUUUUUGUAUAGGGAUGAGCUGGAAAAGAUGUUUAAAUGCGAGACAAUGUAUUAUAUAAUAAGUACUGGUUGCCGACUCAUUGGGCGAAUCAACUUGAAAAAACGAUACCAACCAUUAAUUUGA